UGUGCUGUUUCGCCAUGUUGAAUAACUUACUAUAAUAUUAGUCGUUGUAAACCUAACUGUCUAACUGAUGAAAAAUUACCGCAGUUCCUAUUGAACGCUUGUGACGAUCUGGUGAUUAUAAUAAGUAUAAUAUAAUGCCUACGAUUUCCGUGUAUUGUUCCUUAGCGCUGUUAUUGUCAUUUCAUUUUGAAUAUGUAAAUAGUGACAGGAGAUUCUAUGUGGACUACGAAAAAAAUGAAUUCAUCAAAGAUGGCAAUAUAUUCCGAUAUGUUUCGGGAUCACUGCAUUAUUUUCGAGUGCCCAGGCCCUAUUGGAGGGAUCGUAUAAGCAAAAUGAAAUCUGCCGGCCUUAAUGCAAUAUCGUUUUAUGUAGAAUGGAGUUUACAUGAACCAUAUUCGGGUGUAUACGAUUUUGAAGGACAAGCUGACAUUGAACACUUUUUGACUAUUUCAAAACAAGAAAAUAUGAGUGUACUUAUUAGACCAGGGCCAUUUAUCUCAGCUGAAAGGGAUUUGGGUGGUCAUCCAUAUUGGUUGUUGAAAGAAAAACCUAGUUUACAUCUCAGAUCUAGCGACCCAAAUUACACAAAGUAUGUAAAAAGAUGGUUUUCAGUAUUGAUGCCAAAAAUAGUUCCGUUUUUAUAUGGAAAUGGCGGAAACAUUAUCAUGGUUCAGAUAGAAAAUGAAUACGGACAUAACGAUUUAGGCAAUUGUGAUAAGGAGUACAUGCUAUGGCUUAGGGAUCUAUUCCAUCACUAUGUUGGCGAACAAGCUCAACUUUAUACUACUGACGAAUGCAAUUUAUCUUUUUUGGAGUGUGGACAGAUUCCAAAUGUAUACUCUACUGUUGACUUUGCUGCAGUUGUUAAUGUAACUGAGUGUUUUCAACAUUUGAGGCAAGUUCAGAAGAAAGGGCCAUUAGUCAACUCUGAGUUCUACGACGGAUGGGUCGCGUUUUGGGACAGCCCAAGGCCGGUUAGAAAUACUUCGGACAUAAUACGAGUGUUGAAAUAUUUUUUGGAAGCCAACGUAUCUUUCAACUUUUUCAUGUUCCACGGAGGAACCAACUUUGGAUUUACUUCGGGUGCUAAUACGAUGGGGACAACUUUGGAGAAAUCUGGCUAUCGACCGCAAUUGACCUCGUACGAUUUUUCCGCUCCACUAGACGAAGCUGGUGAUCCGACAGAAAAGUACCAUGCUAUUAAACAGAUCCUUAAAAAAGCGAAUUUUCCAACCGCAUUAACUCCGAAAAUUGCACCGAAGGCGUAUUAUGGAACCGUAAAUAUGCUGCCCGUGGUCAGUUUAUUUGACAAUGUAGCCAAACGUCUCAAACCAGUCUUGAAUAACGUACCAUUAUGCUUUGAAGAUAUGGAUAUUAAUCAUGGGCUGGUAUUGUAUGAAACUAAUUUACCACCGAUCGGAGGAUUGACCAAAUUACCACUAGUUAUCAAAUCACUUGGUGAUCGAGCAAUUAUCUUUUUGAAUAAUGUGAAAUUAGGAGUAAUGAGCAGAUCUAAUAGUAAUACAACGAUGGAAAUAUCAGUAACCGGUAAUAAUCAAAAACUGAGUAUUCUUGUCGAAAAUCAAGGUAGAAUUAAUGACAAGAGAUUUUUAGAAGAUAGAAAGGGGAUUUUAUCAAACGUAACGCUAGGAAAUCACAUCCUAGGUCCAUGGGUAAUGACUGGAUAUCCGUUGAACGAAACAUCGUGGUUAGAAACUCAAAAUAUUCAACCAAACGUCAAACCACCAGCUUUUUACAGAGGAGUUUUCGUCAUACCGCAAGAUAAUAAACACCCAAAACCAUUGGAUACAUUUUUAGAUACGUCUGGAUGGUCAAAGGGCGUUGCAUUUAUCAAUGGCAUCAACAUCGGUAGAUAUUGGCCAGCAGUAGGUCCACAAAUCACAUUGUACGUGCCAGCUCCGUACUUAGUUCUUGGACUCAACACUAUAGUGAUGGUAGAACUCGAAGGAUCUUCUGAAGAUUUCACCGUCAAGUUGGUUGAUAAACAUCGUUUGGAUUGGUAAUUAAAAAUAAAAACAAUGAUCCACAAAUUGAAUUUAUAUUAAUCAUAUGAAUAAAUAAAAAUAAAUAUAUUCCUGUAUGUUUAUAUAUUAAUUGAAUAAUAUUAGCUGUUUCGUCCGACAUUACUCGGGCCAAAUAUGAAAUAUUUGUAUUUUUAAUAAAUAUUUUAGUAAAUCAAAUGUAUAUGCGAUAUUUCUUCUAUAAUUAUUAUAAUAGUUAUAAAAUAUGUAA